AGGGGAAAAGGCAUCUGGAGUCCCUGGGGAGGAGCAUCUCACCAGGAGGAGCCAAAGUCCUGCAUAUAUACAAGAAGCCCAGGGAGGCUGCAUCCCUGCUGGUUGAAGACAUCAUUUAAAAGAAAAUCUGGGCCUGGACUUCUGAUAUUCCUUGAGCAGCUGCUCUGAUGCUGUGACACUUUUCAACUCAGAAGGGAGUAAAGGUAGAAGAACUGCAAGUUCUUGGUGGCAGAGUUGAUGACACUGCAAUUAUCUCUGAAGAUACAGCAGUGUCUACCUGAGGAACAGCCGCUAGGCAGCUGAGGCAGUUAACGCCUUCUUCACCUUCCUGGUGUGAGCAUAAGAGCCUCAGAAGUAAAAGGAACCCUGGCAAUUGCUUUGGAAUACCCAGGAGCUGACAGCAAUGGACAGGAAACAGACAGCUGAGACCCUGUUGUCUCUGUCACCUGCUGAAACUGCCAACCUCAAGGAAGGAAUCAAUUUUUUUCGAAAUAAGACUACUGGCAAAGAGUACAUUUUAUACAAGGAGAAAAACCACCUAAAGGCAUGCAAGAACCUCUGCAAGCACCAAGGAGGCCUGUUCAUAAAAGACAUUGAGGAUUUAGACGGAAGGUCCGUUAAAUGUACAAAGCACAACUGGAAGUUAGAUGUGAGCACCAUGAAGUACAUCAACCCUCCAGGGAGCUUCUGUCAGGACGAGCUGGUUGUCGAAAUGGAUGGAAACGAUGGGCUUUUCCUUAUAGAAUUGAAUCCUCCUAACCCUUGGGACUCUGAUCCCAGGACUCCUGAAGAGUUGGCUUUUGGGGAAGUACAGAUAACAUAUCUCACUCAUGCCUGCAUGGACCUCAAGUUGGGAGACAAGCGGAUGGUGUUUGACCCUUGGUUAAUUGGCCCUGCUUUUGCCCGAGGAUGGUGGUUGCUACAUGAGCCUCCAUCUGAUUGGCUGGAGAGGCUGUGCAAAGCAGACCUCAUUUACAUCAGUCACAUGCACUCAGACCACCUGAGUUACCCCACUCUGAAGCAGCUUUCCCAGAGACGACCAGACAUUCCCAUAUAUGUUGGUGACACGGAAAGGCCUGUGUUUUGGAAUCUGGACCAGAGCGGUGUUCAGCUAACUAACAUCAAUGUGGUACCAUUUGGAGUGUGGCAACAGGUAGACAAAAAUCUCCGAUUCAUGAUCUUGAUGGAUGGCGUUCAUCCUGAAAUGGACACAUGCAUUAUCGUAGAGUACAAAGGUCAUAAAAUACUCAACACAGUGGAUUGCACCAGACCCAAUGGGGGAAGGCUGCCUGAGAAAGCUGCUCUAAUGAUGAGUGAUUUUGCUGGAGGAGCAUCAGGCUUUCCAAUGACUUUCAGCGGUGGAAAAUUUACUGAGGAAUGGAAGGCCCAGUUCAUUAAGGCGGAAAGAAGAAAGCUUCUGAAUUACAAAGCUCAGCUCGUGAAGGACCUCCAGCCUCGAAUCUACUGUCCCUUUGCUGGGUAUUUUGUGGAAUCUCAUCCAUCUGACAAGUAUAUUAAGGAAACAAACAUCAAAAAUGACCCGAUUCAACUCAACAAUCUCAUCAAGAAAAACUGUGAUGUGGUGACAUGGACCCCACGACCUGGAGCUACUCUUGACCUGGGCAGGAUGCUGAAGGACCCAACAGACAGCCAGGGCAUCAUAGAGCCUCCAGAAGGGACAAAAAUUUACAAGGAUUCAUGGGACUUCGGCCCAUACCUGAGCACCUUGCACUCUGCUGUAGGAGAUGAAAUCUUCCUUCACUCGUCCUGGAUAAAAGAGUACUUCACUUGGGCUGGAUUUAAGAGUUACAACUUGGUGGUCAGGAUGAUUGAAACAGAUGAAGACUUCAACCCUUUUCCUGGAGGGUAUGACUAUCUGGUGGACUUUCUAGAUUUGUCUUUUCCAAAAGAAAGACCAAGCAGGGAGCAUCCCUAUGAAGAAAUCCGUAGCCGUGUGGAUGUCGUCAGGUACGUGGUGAAGCACGGUCUGCUGUGGGAUGACCUGUACAUUGGCUUCCAGACCCGGUUGCAGCGGGACCCUGACAUAUACCAUCAUCUGUUUUGGAAUCAUUUUCAGAUAAAACUCCCACUAACACCACCCAACUGGAAGUCAUUCCUGAUGCACUGUAGUUAGACAGGCCCUGGCAUGUCCCAGGACCCCAGCCCAUAGGAUGAUGUUCCCCACUUUCAAGACGGGUCUUCCACGCUCAGUUGAACCUUUCUGGAAACACUCUCAUAGACACACCCACAACUACUGUUAUUCAUUGGUAGUAUCUUUUAUUGAGAAAUGGCAAGAAAUGCACAAAAUUCAAGUAUUUGCUCUUAUAUCUUGAACAAGGCAGCUUAUACCAAAAAAAGACAUAUUUAUAUCAGUGAUGGACAGACACUACAUUUGAGAGGUGCUCACUUAUCUGCCAUUUGUGGAUCACUGCAUAGACUGACUAUUUUAUUGAGGCUGGAGGUGUGGCUUGGUAGUAUAGCACGUGCUUAGAGUGCAUGAGACCCUAUACAUCCCCAGUAGAUUCCACACUCUUCCUACCCACGACUCCACACUUUUCCUACCCACGACUCCUGUGCAAGAAGAACCAAGAAAAACUAACAAGAAGGAAUCCUGAAUGGAAAAUAAAGCUAAACAAAAGGAAAUGUUUGUCCAAGCAUAGAAGGAACAGGAAGAAGAAAAGCUACAAGACUUCAACAGCAAAAAGGAAGGGGGCAAGACAAGGGACGGUAGGCUAGGAGGAAACUGGAGCAAAGGAUGGGAGACUAGAAGGAAAUGGGCAGAAGGAAAGGCUGCUGGAGUUUAAGAAGAAUGAAAAACAGCUAUUUUGUUCUUUGACAGAUUAAUCCCUCAGACAGCAUCAUGGAGACUGUUUUCAGAGAAAGUUUUGGGCAUCAUCUAUUUACCAGACACAGGCCUAGGAGCUGCCCUAAGAGGUCCCAUCUCGUUGGAACCAAAAUGACUGACUCUGUUAUGAAAUCUGUCAGUUAAUGGAGCCUGGGAGCUCUAAUAGUUAGAUAGAUCUUUGACUGAGGGAUGAUACAACGUUUAUUAAUAAUCUUACAAAGAAAUUGCUUUAAAACUCAAUAGAAAAUAAGAAUCUAUGUCUUCAAAUUAACAA